GUGAAACAUACUACUUUACCUUCAAAAUCAAAAUAAGAAACUGACCCUUCCCUGUGUACAAUUCAUUCAUCUCUACUACAAAGCAAGCAGAGCUAGCUAGCUAGCUAGCUGUGAUCCCAAGAGAAGAGAGAAAUGGCAGGUAGUGCUGAUAGGAGACUGGGCGUGGCGGUGGAUUUCUCACCAUGCAGCAUCAAGGCACUCAAAUGGACGGUGGAUAACGUUGUCAGAGAAGGCGAUCACCUCAUUCUUGUCAUCAUCCGCCCCCAAGAGUACUAUGAGCGUGGCGAGAUGCAGCUCUGGGAAACCACCGGCUCACCUCUUAUACCACUGUCUGAUUUUUCUGACACUGCGGUCUUGAAGAGAUAUGGGCUCAAACCUGAACCUGAAGUGAUUGAUAUUGCCACAACUGCCUCCAAGGAGAAAAAUAUUGAGGUGCUGUUGAAGAUCUAUUGGGGAGAUGCGCGCGAGAAGCUAUUGGAAGCAAUUGAACACAUACCUUUGGACAGCAUUAUCAUGGGGAACAGAGGCCUUGGCACUCUCAGAAGGGCCAUAAUGGGCAGUGUCAGCAACCAUGUGGUGAAUAACGCCUCCUGCCCCGUCACUGUGGUGAAGAGUUCAGAACAACGCCAUUAAUUGUUUUAAUAAUUUGAUGUAGGAAUAAACCUGUACUACCUGGUUAACCUUUGAUGUCUUUGGGUGUUUUGCAAUGUGUAUCAGUUUGUAUUUUGCUUGUUUCUGAAAGGAAAUAAAUGAACAGAAACAGGUUUGUGCUGUAUGUACUGUAAUCCCAGGCUUAAUGAGAAUUUUUAGUGCAUUUGAUGUGUUA